AUGCUACGGGAUGAUACGAUAUUCGUAAAGCAAUCUAUUGGCUUGUCUUGCCUUUGUUCUAAAAAUUCUCCUCGUAUACGCAAGCCCCCCGUCUGCUCGUUCCCACAAGCUCCCUUUGCUUCGUCGACGAAGUGGUCUAUCUCGGCCAUCCUGAUAAGAAAGUCGCCGAUAUCCAAUGUCGUGUAUCCGGCCCAAAAGGGCAAACAACCCAAGAAACGGUAUUUAUCUUUUUCCGUAUCCAGUGAAGACCUUCCCGAAACGGGUUGCUCUCGAGCCCGCUUCAAACCUCAAGACGGCAGUUAG